GUGUGCGUGCGUGUGUAUGUUGUUAUUAUCAUCGCGCUCUCCGCCGCGCGCAGAAUGGCUAGAUUCACCCAGACUGAAGCGAGAAGCCAGCAGCAUCCUCAGCAGCAGCACCAGCAGCAUCCUCAUCCUGCCCACGCCAGCCUGCUCUUCACCGGACCGGGGGCGGUACCGAGCCAGGCAGCGGCACCACUGCUCCUGAUCCCGCACCAGCCCCAGUACGCGCACAUCACCUUCCCCAAGCCCAUGAACGGCUCCGAGCCCAUCUCCAUCCACUCCGACAACGGCACCAUGAAAGACCAGGAUGCCAUCAAGCUCUUUAUAGGACAGAUCCCGCGCAAUCUCGAGGAGAAGGACCUCAAACCUCUCUUCGAGCAGUUUGGGAAGAUCCACGAACUGACGGUCCUCAAGGACCGUUAUACUGGCAUGCACAAAGGCUGUGCGUUUCUCACCUACUGUGCUCGUGAAUCAGCCAUCAAAGCCCAGAAUGCACUGCAUGAACAGAAGACUCUACCAGGGAUGACACGGCCUAUACAGGUUAAGCCAGCGGACAGCGAGAGUCGAGGAGAAGACAGAAAGUUGUUUGUGGGGAUGCUGAAUAAACAGCAGACGGAAGAAGACGUUUAUCGUCUUUUUGAGCCUUACGGAGUCAUCGAAGAGUGCACCGUAUUAAGAGGACCUGAUGGAAACAGUAAAGGUUGUGCCUUUGUAAAGUUUUCAACACACACUGAGGCGCAGUCGGCUAUCGGCGGGCUGCAUGGAAGUCAGACCAUGCCUGUCGAACAACUACAAAGUGUUGCUUUAAAGGGAGCUUCGUCCAGUCUGGUGGUAAAGUUCGCUGAUACAGAUAAAGAGCGAACCGUACGCCGCAUGCAACAGAUGGUCGGCCAGUUUGGCAUGUUUAACCCGACCGUGGCCCUGCCUUUCAGCACCUACAGUAGCACCUACAGUACAUACACACAUGCGUUGAUGCAGCAGCAGGCUGCGAUAAUGGCCGCCUCUCAAGGUGGAUAUUUAGCGCCCAGCGUUGCAUUUCCUGCCACUCAGAUUCACCAGAUGGGGGCGCUAAACAUGAAUGGCUUGCCACCAACUCCCAUGACACCUGUUUCAGCUUUCCCGUUUACUUGCCCUGUCCAGUAUGGCGGCGACAUUGACAUGGUUCCGACUGGCUGUUGCAUUAUGGGUUUGAGCUCUCCGCCAGCUAACCUGGCGUCCUCCACCGUGCCAAGCAUCGUGACGCCCCUUGUGAACGGGUUCGGUGGCAUUCCUCACCAGCCCAAUGGUCACCCGGUUGAAGCAGUGUACACCAAUGGCCUGGCUCCGUAUUCCACCCAGAGCCCCACGGCCGCAGACACGCUCCAGCAGGCCUUCACCGGCGUCCAGCAAUACACAGCCAUAUAUCCUGCCACGACACUGAGCUCUAUAGGUCAAACUCUGCCACAACAAGCUCAAAUCAUCCAGCAACAACAGCAGCAGCAGCGAGAAGGUCCUGAAGGCUGUAAUCUCUUCAUCUAUCACCUGCCGCAGGAGUUCGGCGAUAACGAACUGAUGCAGAUGUUUCUUCCUUUCGGCUCCGUCAUCUCGUCAAAGGUGUUCAUGGACCGAGCGACCAAUCAGAGCAAGUGUUUCGGCUUUGUGAGCUUUGACAACCCUUCCAGCGCUCAGACUGCCAUACAGGCCAUGAACGGAUUCCAGAUCGGCAUGAAGCGCUUAAAAGUUCAACUGAAACGACCGAAGGACGCCAGCCGUCCGUACUGACUGAAACCAGAGAGACACAUGUACACUGUCACACAUCAGAGGGGUUUUGAACAGUUGUAGUCUUGAUGUUUUGACGGAUGGAAACUUUUCUUGAAAAACUAACACACAAAAAAGACCGAGCAAACAACAACAACACAAAACACACCAAGAGAACGAGAAACCAAGCUCAGAAGGGAGUUGGGAGAAACAUAUCGCAUUUAACUUAAGCACGUCGCAACCACGAUGGAAGAUGGGAGUCACGGGGGACGAAGACGACGAUGCCGGAAACAAGGACAAAAACAGACGAAAACCUUUUCCUCUUUUGAAAAACAACUUCUACCGAACACUUUGGAAGAACGGUGCAUGGCCACGAGUUCACGAAUGCUGACCUAGAAGCAAAAGACCAAUCCAUGCACAUAUCAAAAGACUCUUCUAACAGAAAGCGCCAGUCGUAGCUUUUACUUCUGUGGAAUAAUGAGGGUUUAUUGUUGAAGAUCCAAGGUAACCCGUCAUUUGGACGGCUAGAAAUCUCUCUCUUUCUCUCUCUCUCUCUCGCUCUAUAUUCCCUCUCUCCUGCAGCGCUGGUGUGUGCGACACUGGUGCAGUUUAAUGAACUCUCUCUUACCCGUAGGGACCAGAGGACCAAAUCUUUUUAAUCUAUAUCGUAAAGAUGUACAAUAUUACCACGCGAUGAUCGAUUAUCUUACACUACACACAUGCUAUUCAUAUAAUAUGCCAAUUAAGAGUUAGACACAAAUACUUCAGGGUGUAUAGUGUAGGUUUACGGGGGUUUAUCGAAUAAAACUAGUUUCCAGGUUAUGGGGGCAAAAAAAACGUAAGGAUGUUGGUAGAUUCUGUUUAGUGGGGUAUUUUAGACUAUUGUUAUAAACUAUGACGUGUGUUGAUAUGGAAUUGUUAUGGGCACAUUCUGAAUUGCUUUUCAUUGCCACGUCGCAUUUCAGAAAGAAAUAUGUCAGGGCCUUUAGGUCCAUUGCGAUCUUUAUUUCAUCCGCCAUCCUAAAACGACCAGAACGAAAGCUUAACUCAAUAUUUUUGCCAAACAAUAGCUGUUAGUGUUGAGUUUCAAGGUUUAUAAAGGAAACGUCAUGCUUGAAAUGUCUUUAAAGUGGCUGCUUUCAGGAUGGUAUCGAUCACUUUUUUAAAAGACAAAUAUCAGCUUUGAAUUGAAUCUGAAUCAUAAAACCAGUCUUAAGUAGCUCGAGUUGCAAUAGACAAGAAUACAUUGUAUGGGUCAAAAUUAUAGAUUUUUCUUUAAUGCCAAAGAUCUUUACAAUAUUACGUAAAGAUCAUGUUCCAUUAAGAUAUUUAGUAAAUUUGCUACAGUAAUUAUAUUUAAAAAAAAAUUUUUUUGAGUGGAUGUGCCAAUAUUGCUAACAAAAUGGCCAGAAACACGGCUACAAACUUCACUCGUUGCUUCCCGGUCUUUGGGAAUUACCCUCUCAAGUCUGGUAACUAUGUAAAGCUUAGAAUUUCAGCUUUCGGGUUCAUCUCCUCAUUACAACGUCAUUACAUCCAUAAGCCAAUAGAGAGCAUUAUAACAAACCUGUUUCUUCUUAGCAACGGCCUGCUACAACGCCUCUGAUUAACAACUUCGAAGGCCAUUUUCUCAAUGUUUAGAUUUUUUGCACCCUCAGAUUCCAGAGUUUUAAAUAGUUAUAUCUCAACCAAAUAUCAAGUCACAUCCUUACAAAUCAUUCAUUAAUAGAAAGCCUGUGUAUUCAGCUUUCAGAUUAUGUAAAAAUCAAAAAUUGACCCUUAAGACUGGUUUUGUUGUCCAGGCUCACAUACUUGAUUUUGUGUGACAUAUUUCAGCUUACUUAUAUAUGCAUUUGCAUUUAAAUAGCAUAAUUCAUACUAUACUGCCAUUAAACAAAAUCUCACACCAUGUAUUAUUUUCAUGUUUUCUGUCCUGCAGACAGACACAUUUGUUUACUGUAUAUAGACCACUUUAGAAAACUUAAACAAAACAGUUUUUUAACACUACACAAACAUUUCAACAAACUAAAAGAUAACAUUUAUAACCCAAUCAAAAUGCUUCACGAAUAUCUUUAAGGUUUAACCAUACAGUAUAUAUACGAUUUUUUUUUUAAAUACAAAAUUAAACCGGUCCAGUGUUUGCGUUUUGUGAAGUGUUCUAUGCGUGAUCCAUAUAAUGGAAGUCAAUGGGGACCAAUGUCGUUUGGUUAUCAACAUUCUUCAAAAUAUCUUCUUUUGUGUUCUGCAGAAGAAAAAAACUCAUUCAGGUUUGAAAUGACAUGAAGAUGAAUAAAUGAUCAAAACUUUCCCUAAAAACGGCCACAAAAAGACAUUUUGCUUAGCUAUUGGCAUUUCCAUUGUGAGAAUGGGCUGUUUAAAGAUGAAGAAUUUUCAUUUACAAUCGUGCCAUAGUACAACAUUAAGCUUUGAAUUUGCGUCAGUGACAUGCACUGAUAUGCUGUUUGCCAGAAGAGCCUUCUAGACAAGAGUUUCUAUUAGACAAAUCAGAGCGUAUGACAGUGUGACACAGCACACAGAGAUAUAUCUUUCGAGACAGUAGUUCUUCUCUGUUCAUGCUUUAUUCAGGUAUCUCACGUGUAGGUUAAAUGAAUAGCUUUCUUAUAGCUCAUAGUUACACUGUAUUGUGCAUGCAUAUGUAAACGUAGUACUUAUUUAGAGCCGGGGCAACGGGCCUAAACGACCAAGGAAAAUGAUAGUUUAGUCUUGUAAAGGAACAAAAGAGUAUACCGAGGUGGAAACGUUAGUAAACUAACCAGCGAGAACAUUGUUCAUCUUUUAAAGUCAACAUGAAAUGAACAUUGAGCCUCUUUACGUUUUCUUAACACUGUUGCUGGUUAUAUUGUACAUGAUUCAUCGAUGCACGUUAUCCAAAGAUAAAUAUUUGCAUAAUCUCUUAACAAAAUGCAACAACUGCAAAAACGAGAGGUCGAGUUUCAUGUUGACUUUAACAUCAUGCUUAGUUGUUUUGACCUACCUAACCCGUUCAAACCUUUUCGGACCAAACAGUAAUUUGUUUUCUGAGCAGAAUUUCUCUUGUCUUGCCGUGACCAAUGAACCGCGCAAAUGUGCAUGUUUCUUUCAAGCGAUUCCAAGGAAAUUUACUUUUUUUUUUUUAAGUCCCACUUGAAGCUGAUGUGAUUGGAAAGCAUCUUCCGCCCUCCACCUUUAAUAUUUAUGGGACAAAGUGGAUUCGAGCAUUUUAACAGGUCAAGCAAAAAUUAUAUUGUGCCAACAUAAACUCGUGAAACAAUUUGAAAAGCAAGAACCGAAUUUAACCAGAAGUCAAAAGCUAUGUAGAGGACCUUUAAUAUGUUUCUUUAAAAUAAGUCCUUCACAAUUUUUUAUUGGGAUUGGCAAAAUUUAUUACAUUUCAAAUUUUACCCAACAGGUUUCAUGACAUUCUUGCAAUGCGUUUGUUUUACAAACAUACAAAAAAUAAACGUAACAUCCAAAAAUGUACACCUAGCUAUAGAAAUCCAAUCUUCUUAAUCCAUAAAUACAGCAUUUCUCUUGUUUCCUUUUACACUGUUCACUCAAAACUGUCCGCUGAAAGUACAUUAUAACAGUACAUUACACUCUGAAAUAUAAAUGUGAUGUCAUAAGACAACCUUUAAAGUAACUAUAGGUUGUCAUCCAAGAACCCGAUGUUCCUGUGAUGUCACGGAACAACCUUUAUUGAUCAUAUGAUGUCAUAGAAAAGUGGGUGCUUCUGAAAAACGCAGGUGGUCCUCACCCUUCCUGUUAACAGAACUGAUUCACCCAUCUAAAGAAACUAUAAUGUAACGCAGUAAAUCUUCGCAGAGCCAUAUUACCAACCCAAGAACAUACAUAUAGUUCUUCAUAAGAACAAUUCCCGAAGAACAUUUAUUUAAGAGUGUACGUUUCAUCUGGUAACGGUGUCAUCAUGUACAGUCGAGAUAUUUUAAUUGAGUCACAUAUGUAUCGAUUUUUUACUCUACACAAAUCAUCACAACUGUGACUACAUGAGUCACGUUGAAAGGCACACUUUUAUUCUGCACUUAUUCAAUAUAAAUAUCAUAACUUUGAACACGCUAAAAUUCCUUCCAUAAUAAAUGAUGUCAGACUCGGCUUCAGAAGCCUCAUUUAGCGUCACGACCAAAUCUGCUUCCUGACUUAACUGUUUAACCACCUUGGAGAGUGACAUCAUCAUUCCCAGACAGGAUCCAGUGAGAUUACGGAUAUGUUGGGAAUGGCAUACUACUAGACUACUUUAGUAUACCGCACAUUUUCCGUCCGCAUUACCUGCAUUUGCCAAAAUGUAUAAAACGACACACAGAACAACACAAUACGCAAGCGCCGCUCAUGUAUUACAGAAUAGAAUACGUACCGUCAAAAGAUACUGUUUGUUGUUGCAUACCGCAUAUAGUUUUUAUGUAGUAUGCCAUUCUGAACGUGUCCCAUAACAACAGAGAACAUUCCUAGCUGUGCGGCGGCUGUACCGAGCAGUGGCACAUGUGAUUUUUUUCGAGAUGUUUUUAAGCUAAACCUUACAUACACGAUGUACAAACAUGAAGAUUCACGUUCUAUUUCAAUUUCUAGUCUUUCUAUUGCCAAAAAAAAUAAAGAGAAAGAAAAUAGUUCUUAUUUCUUAGCUUGCCCUGCCUAUAGUUACGAGCUCACUCUUUGUGCAUGCUUACUGCUAGAAACGUAGAGAGACACUUUUUUUUAGUAAAAGGCUUCGAAAACAUAAAAACGCAUUGUUGCACCGCAUUUUAUUUUCCUUUUCAACCAAUACCUCCGAGGGUAAAGGUCAAAGCUUCAAGGAUACCGAGGCGCUGGCGGAGGUUGCGGUUAUCACGGCGACGUAGCGCUGCAUGGAGAAUCCAAGCGCGGGAGUCGCCGGACACGCUCCUCAGGUUUUGGGGCUAUUUCGGGAGUAUGUUUUACAAACUGUGUUUUUUAUUCAUAUGAUGUUACUACCUGAACUAAGCCAUGUUAUCUUCUUUCAUACUCCUUCAUACUGCCACAGUACUCUGCUAGAGCGACGCUGCAUACAGUAUCAAAACAUACGAACCUCAAGCUUUCUAUUCAAGUCUCACUCCAUGUUUGCUUCGGUUUGUGGUCAUUUGUUGCAUCCAGAAUGUUUUGUACAGAAGAAAUGGGGGGUUAAGGAUGUUCGAGAUAAUAUACCGGUAUGAUGUGGUUCUUUAUAUACGUCAUUGAAUGCAAAGGGAUGUGCUUGAAAAUGAAUAAUGAAAUCUGUCUUAUGUAUUUGGUGGGAUCGUUGAUAGCACAUAAAGCUUCUUUUCAGGUAGAAUGGGUCAGAGACUUACAGUACAAAGCUUCCGUCCGGGUGAAGCGAUUCGCAAAAACUAGGCUUGCUGUUAAGGGACAGAAAACAUGGACGGAGCUCUGGGGUGGGUUCGCUCUGAACGAUUGUGUUAUAUUGUAGGGUUUCUUAGCACAAUAUACAAAACAGAUGUAAGCUAAAUAAUGAAUCUAUGUUUAUAUCUUAUGGAGGGAAGUAUGGGACACAAUGAGUUUAAGCCUUUUAAUGGAGAUGUCAAAGACAAGAUAACCUUCCUUUUCUUUUCGAAGAAAAACAGACCGUCAUCUUUCCUCCGAAUUUGCUGCUUUGACAAUUCAGUGUGUUAAGGGUUUUAACGAUGCUGUUUUAUUUAUUAUUUCGGUCAUUUAUUUAUUUCAUUGAUUUUGUUGUUAGAAUUUCAACAUUUGCAUUUUUUAUUUGUAUAUUUAUGUAUGAACUUUAAGUUGAUCAUUUCUGACAUUAUGUAUGAAUGAUGCUUAAUGGGGCUUUUUCUGUCUUUCUUCUUUUUUCAAUUUUACAAUAAAAAUGAGAAAUGCUCACCAA